AUGCGUGUUGCCGUCUCUUCGACCAUCGCCGCUGCGGCCAGCCUUCUGUCGCUGGCCAAUGCGAACACCACGCCAGUCUCCGACACGGACAUGAACGACUUGCUCAACGAGGGCGGUGUUUCUCUGGCGAUGAAGGCGGCGCCCAUGUUCUUCUUCGGACAAGCAUUGAACCAUCCUCCGUGCAUCCCUACCUAUGCCACGGACAAGAACAAUCAGCAGACGCCUCCCGCAGAACUAUGCAACUGGCCCAAUGCCGGCUGCAACUGCCGCACUCCCGGCGUGCCCAUUGGCAAUCCAUCGCCAUCUUUCCCCGUGUAUUAUUCGUACGAAAAGUGCACCGAUGCAGGCGUCCGCGUUCAGUAUUCUCUGUUUUACGAAAAGGAUGGAUUCAAUCCCGCCAAAAUCUUCGGUCACCACUACGACUGGGAGCGCGUCAUUAUCAUCUGGAAAAAGGCCGACGACGGCCUGUGGCGCCCGGCAGAGAUCAAGUUGUCGCAGCACAGCGGCUACCAGACUCUUGAGUGGGAUCAGAUCCAAAAUACCUUUAGCGACGACACCGCUGGUGAAAAGCUAGGCGGACCCAACGGACAGAAGAAUCUCAACCACGCCAAGGUCUAUGUUGCGUGGGCCAAGCACGAUCACCACAACGAGCGCAACACGGGCUUCAACGACCCUAUUUCGCAACUGACCAAUAACGCCUUCCGCUCCCAGGACUGGUGGUAUCUGCCACAGCGAGGUGACUAUAUCCGCGCCGACGGAGGGACUGAGAUUGGUAGACUGAUAAAAGGCAUGAACUGGGGCGACGCCAGCUCUAAUCCGGCCAGUGUCCACGACGGCCUCUGCCAGGCGUAA